GAUUUUUUUAACAGGCAGAGAAGUCCACAGGUUAUUGGCAUGCAAAGUUGGAGGUAUGUGCUGCUGUCAUGCCCCUGGUCUUUUAAAAAAACUACAGAUCAUGGAUCUUUGAUGGAAGACGGUCAUUGACAAGACACACAGGAAGCUGCAUCAAGCUGCUAAACACCCCCAACAACAAACAUGGGCGGAGAGAAAAGACAUUGCAUAACAUCAAAGACCAUGUGCCUACCAAGCAUUCUAGUUCAUCUUCACAUUCUACUCAUGACCGCAUCGUCGGUCUUCAGCUAUGUCCAUUUCACCGAGGAGAACUUUCCCGGUAACACCGACAUCUCGUUACAAAAAAUGACUCUGGACCGUACAACGAACACCCUGUAUGUGGGUUCAGUUAAUAGAUUAUAUAAGCUGAAUAGCGAUCUAGAAGAAGAGACUCAUAGAGAUACAGGACCCGUGUUUGAUCAUCCUACGUGUUUUCCUCCACCAGGGCAGUGCACGACGAAAGAGUUCAGCAGGGAGGAUACGAACAAUAUCAUCAAAAUUCUAUUAGUUGAUAACGAUAGGUUAAUCACGUGUGGGAGUGUCUACCAGGGCACAUGUCAGGUUCGUAGUUUAGACGAUUUCUCGCCUCUGGGUAAUAAUACCUCGGAGGAGAUAGCAGCUAACACCAGGAUAGGUACUUCAGUGGGGUUUAUAUCUAGAGGUCCAGAGGACAGAGCCAGUGUGUUGUAUACAGCGACGUCCAGCGCUGAUUGGAUAGACAAUAAUGUGCCAACGGUGUCUGUCCGGUCAUUGCCGGAGAGUCCUUCAGCGAAUCUGUUUUCGGUUCUGAAGACGGGGUUUCGGGCAGUGAGUCAGAUCGUGAUUCCAGCGGAGACGGUGUCUGAGUCGCCUAAUGGCUUUAAUAUCACCUACGUAUAUGGGUUCCCGAGCGGUAAUUUCAGCUACUUUGUAGGCAUUCAGCCAUGGAAUCAUCGUACCCUACCCAGAGAAGUGCAAUACUACACAAAACUCAUCAGGAUAUGCCAACGAGACAUCAAUCUACUCUCCUACAUAGAGCUACCGUUAGAAUGUCGGUCGGGAGGCGUAAACUACAACAUUGCGCAAUCGGCUUACAUCGCAAAGGCCGGGAAAGAGGGCGGGGAACCGUGGCAGAACCAGGACGCCCUCUUUGUCACGUUUGCUCAGUCGCUGGAGCAUGAUCGUGAACCCCAGAGGAAGUCUGCUGUUUGUAUGUACCUGGUGUCCGAUCUGAAUCAAGCUUUCUUCAAUAGAAGACGUGAAUGCGUGAAUGGACAUCAAUCAGACACGCAGAUGGAAUGGUAUAAGAGUGUGGCUUGUACAGCAGUUGGAAAAAGCCCUACGUUACUGGUUGCACAGAUGGACCGUCAAGGGCGUAACUACUGCCACACCCUAGAUUUCAUUGGACCAAUGGGAGGUACUGAAAGUCCUAUCAUAGCUCAAGCGAUGCACGUCGACAACGCCAACCUUUUCACCGCCAUUGCAGUCUCUCACAAGCCGCAGGAAUCGGCCAUCUUUGUGGGCGACGACUCUGGACACCUGAGAAAGCUGAUGCUUACCUCUCAGAGCGAAGCGAGUGUGAGCAUAGAUCAUCAGAUUGUUCCCGAUAGCUCCAUCGUUCAGAAUGGACUCCUCCUUAGCUUGGAUGAAGAACAUGUGUAUGUCAUGACCCAGAGACAGAUCACGAAGGUACCUGUAGAAGAAUGCAGUAACUAUACAACCUGCUCAGAGUGUGUGGAAGGACCAAACGGUGUAGGAGAUCCAUACUGUGGAUGGUGUACUCUACUUGCAAGGCUUGGUGAGUUUGGCUGUUCGUCAUCAAGUUUGGGUGCAUCGUUUGUAACGAGAGGUCAUGAAGCCAAACUGGAUUUGGUUCUCGGCAUCUUGAUGUCUCCUAAUGACCAAUGUGUCUCCUUUCAUACCGUCUAUCUUGCAAGAGAAGGAUCUGAAUGGGGUCUUUAA